AUGGCUUCGUUGUCGAGGUUAUCGUCCAGAGUGAUGGCCUCUUCAAAAUCCCACGUCGCCUCGCAGAGGCUCGCCUCGCUCAACCGCCAAUUCUCGUCCACGCCCGCAUUGGGCUUCGAGGUGAAGAAGCUGGGUGUGGUUGGAGCUGGUCAAAUGGGUCUGGGAAUCGCCCUCGUCGCCGCUCAAAAAGCCCAAGUCCCCGUCACACUGGUGGACACGUCGCAGCAAUCCCUCGAUCGUGGACUCGCAUUCGCAGACAAACUCCUGGCCAAAGACGUGUCGAAGCAGAAGAUCACGGAAGAGAUCGCCAAAGCCACACGCGAGCGGUUAAAGCCGACCACGCAGAUGUCGGACCUGGCGGACGUGGACAUGGUGAUUGAGGCGGUGCCUGAGAAUCCCGCCUUGAAGGAGAAGAUCUUUGCAGAACUGGCUGCGACGUGCCCCCCACACGCCAUCCUGGCCACCAACACGUCGAGCAUCAGCAUUACGAGGAUCGCGCGGGCGACGGCGAAGGAUCCCACAGACACCUCAGCCUCGUCGCGCGUGGUCUCGACGCACUUCAUGAACCCCGUGCCGGUGCAGAAGGGCGUGGAGAUCAUCGCUGGCCUGCAGACCUCCCCGGAGACACUCGCGGCCGCCGUCGCCUUCUGCGAGAAGAUGGGCAAAGUGUGCUCCGUGUCGGCGGACAGCCCGGGCUUCCUGGCCAACCGCAUCCUGAUGCCGUACAUCAACGAGGCGAUCAUCUGCCUGGAAACGGGCGUGGGCAAGAAGGAGGACAUCGACAGUAUCAUGAAGAACGGCACGAACGUGCCCAUGGGCCCACUCACGCUGGCCGACUUCAUUGGCCUGGACACCUGUUUGGCCAUCAUGGAGACGUUACACGCGGGGCUGGGGGACAGCAAGUACAGGCCCAGCGUGCUGUUACGGCAGUACGUGGAUGCGGGCUGGCUGGGCAAGAAGAGCGGGAGGGGUUUCUACGAAUAUAAGUGA